AUGGAUGUUGCCGAUCAUUUUGCUGUUCUCCACACUCUCUCCCACACUCCUCAACUGAUACAGCAGCCAUCCUUGGCAGCGACUUCGCCCCCUCCGACCAUGAGCUGGCCAAGCUGGAACCGCCCGAUGGGCGCGCUCGCGGUUCCGACACCGGCGAAGCGUGACGAGGGGCAGCCGGCGAACUCAACUUACUGGAUGGACAUUUCCGCUGUGGACGGGUUCUGGGCAUUUGUUGAAGCCAAGUACUUUGUCUACGAGACCAUGUCCUCGCUGGAGUGGUCGGAGACGAACCACACGGCAUGGACCUUUGUUCUCAAUCGGACUUACACCAACGAGACUCUCCUUGCACUUCAGAAAGCGCAGCGUGGGGCGGACAGCGAGAUCGAACUCGAGUUCGAAGGCUCGAUCAACAACAGCUCGUUCCGCAUCUACCGACCGCGUGCACAGUUCACGGAUGUGAUCGGAGGGUACACGGCCGAAACGACUGCGACGCAGGAGUACGAUGGGAGGCUCAAGAUCAAGCGCGACCUCGCCGAUACUCGGUGGUCUUGCAACGUGCUCUUCUACGCAGAAGGCGAUUUUUCAUUCAGGCGCGGCCGGUUAGGCUUCGAUGCCCCUCCGGAUACAACAUUCAAGGAGACCACCGUCCCCGCGAUGAUCGAUGCCGAGCCGAACCCAGCCUUGAAGCGUUAUUUCCUCGGGGAAGAUCCUGAGGCGAACGCACUGAAGAUUCUGGAGGACUACCCGGAGGUCUCAGCUUCCCUCCCCGAAUGGUUCAACGGGCGCGAAGACCUCGGCAGCUCGCACCUCCCUUUGACCGGGCGUAAUGUGGUUGUGUACGAUGUCCCUGCCAACACAAGUCUUCUUUCUGUCAAGGGUCCGCGGUGGACACCCCACACUGUGGGGUCGCGCUGCUACUUUGCAUUCGACCCGCCACGGCAGUUCAUGGGGGACGUUUGGGCGACACCCUCGAACGGAAGCCAUGCCGUCAACAUCACGAAUCUGGAUGCGGGGCUUGGAGGCGUCAAGGCGGAAUCCGACUUGGACUGGUCUGUCGUCAGCAGCAGCGUCGGCUUCGGCCGCCCUAAGACGUCCGGGAUCGACAGCGUGGACGUUCUCCAGCCAAUUCUCCACUACGACACCCCCACAAGAGCCGUUACAGCUGGUGAAGCCGAGCACACAUGGGAACCGGGACCGACCAUACAGGACGUGCGCCUCUUCUUUUCACGACUGGAUCCGACGGUCAAGUACACGCUCACUAUCGGAUCACAGGAUAGCAUCUGUGUCUUUCAUAGCUUGGAGGUCGUGCAACAGGACAAAUUCGCGAAGAUCGAGCCGAACAACGACGGCUCGGGCAACUCUUCCGCCGGUUCUGGUCCACCUGACGGCGGGAACAGCCACUCUGGCGGACUCUCUGGCGGUGCGAUCGCGGGCAUCGUUGUGGGAUGCGUCGUCGGCGUUGCGCUGCUACUUCUGCUCGGAUUCUGCUGCUGGAGGCGACGCAAGUCGACUUCCAAGGGCGAAGAUUUCGAGAUUGCAGAUGUUUCGACGCAUGAGAGCAAGCCACUCGCGGAGAUGGGGGCGCCCACCCCGAUCAUGCCUCGAGGAGACUUCCCAGGUCGCCACACUGCAUCUCAGACAUCGCAGGAUGGGUUUGCCACGACUAGCGGAACGGGCACGAACACGGUCACACUCGAGACGCUUGGAACGCUCGGCACGAACUCGACGUCGUCGAACACAAUGGGCCAGCACACGACCCUCCCUCCGACGGUCGUGCGACACGAGGAGGAUGCGGGUUCGCUCGAGGCCGAGCUGCCCGAGGGUACUCGCGGCGGAGAAGUUGUGCUUCCGCCCGUGUACCGCGACGAGUGGGUGGACAGGCGUGCCGGGCGAGGUUUGGGCAUCAGCACCGACGUUGCGCGCUCCGACCCAUCAGCACUCACCGCCGAAGAGAUCAAGUACCUCGGCCCGCCGACUCCAGGCGCGACAUUGUCGUCGCCCAUUACGCCGGGCUCGUCAUCAGGGCACACUUUCGGUCACUGGAUGAACCAGCCCCUUUCCCCCGGCGCACGAGUCAGUCCUACAGCCUCGCAGCCCCUCUCGCCGCUGUCAACUACGCCGGCCGGCAAGACACCUCUGCACCCUCUGCAGACUCUGGCGUUGUCGCAGCCGGGCUCAUCACCACACUCUCCAGCUACAACGUCCCCGACGUACUCAGCAUCCGCAACGUCGCCGACAUCGCCCCUCGAGUCGCAACCGACCGGUUCUGUGCCUGAGACUAACCCUCUCGUCACACCGUUCCCGUCUGACAUCCAGCCGUCUGACAACACCCCGACCACGCCGAACGGCUUCCCGAAGGACUUGAAGCAAUGA